AUGCCAGAUAACGCGGCUCCUCUCCGCGCGCCCGGGGCGGCGUCCAGAUCCGGAGCGCCCCUACUCGGCCCAGGUCCCAUAACUGCACCCAUCCAUUCGUGGUUCACCUCUCCGGCACGGACGCAUCCAAAUGCUGCGCAGGCGAAAGAGCUGCCGUUGCAUCUCAUACAGCUGAUUCUCACAUACCUCGACAAUGUCGCAGACCUCGCGCGCAUUACGCGCACCUCACGUCUCUUCUACUACAUGACCCUUCCCCGCUUGUACGAACAUGUCACGCUGCAUUCGUACGCAGAAAUACGCUACAACAGCGAAAAUGGCCGGCCAGAAGGGUACGGCAACGGCAGUCCAUUUGCCAUGGGACUGAACACUUUGGUGUCGCGGUCCUUCACCGACUACGUGCAGUCCUUUAGGGUCGUCGGGGAGUGGCGCGAGCAUGACGAGGACGACUACAAGCAGGGCCGCGUGCCCGACAACAGCAUGGUCCUGCAGAUUGCCGUGCGCGCCGCCGUCGACAAGAUGAAGAACCUGCAGGCUUUCGCCUGGGAACUGAAUACCAAACCUCUCAACACCAUCUACCAGGGUCUCGUAAGCCGCUCCUCGACCCUGACGUCCUUCACCCUCCGCAGCCAGACGAAGCGAAUUCCGCGGCCUACGACAAUCAUAUCUCCCAUGCCAAAUCUCAAGACGCUGGUCGUCUACGACAUUGACCCGCUCUGCUAUCCUGACGAUAUAUCCCUGCUUCUCUUCAGCGCCAAGAAGCUAGAAAACUUGAAGCUGCAUUGGAGCCCACGCAUGCGAGAAGCAAGCGAAGAGUCGGUGAAUCUCAUGGGUAUAUUUGGCCGAUGCAUCGCUGCCAAAAGCAAUUUGCCUAUCAAGCGAUUGUCCAUAUGGAAUCUCUACGCUCGCUUCAUGGGAGAUGGCUUGGACCGCGUCAUAGACGAAUCUAACCAGCAGGAGAUCACCGUCUUCAAUUCCAUGGGCAGUUCAGAUCCCAUGACUGUGUUUCUCGACGACGCGUGGAGAACCACCAACGUCAAGCGCGUUCCAGAAAAUCUGAAGUGCUUCCGUAGCGAUCACGUCGACAAAGAGCAAGCCGUGAUAUUCGGAAACUUCAAGGGUCUAGAACGUCUGUACAUUGUCAGUCGGCGCAGCAAAGAUAACUCCAAAACAAACAGUUCAGUCGCGACGCCAACGACGCCAUCGACGGCCACACCCGGGAUGACGAAUGGAAAUACCAAUGCCUUUGCACCCACAAUCACAGACAACCAGUGCCGCAGCAUAGGUGGCGAAUAUCUCGCCGUCAUACAAUCAAACCAUCGCACUAUGCGUCAUCUGCUUCUCUCAGACCGCUGGGUAGUUUCUGACAGUGCUCUCUACAAGCUCUGCCAGUCAUGCCCGGACCUUGAACAACUAGGCUUUCGCUGCAGUGUCCCGCCAUUGGAAUCUCUCCGACAGAUCAUGACCUUGGUACCAAAACUCUGGGCGCUUCGUAUGCUUGUCCGCCCUGGCACUGAAUUUGCUGAUAUGGUGGCGUCAUUGGACCCGGAAAUGCAUGCAUUUGUCAUGGCAACAGAAUUCUGGCGACCUGAGUAUCGAAAUCUGAAAUAUAUCGGGCUGGGAGACAAGCUGGUAUAUAAGCUCGGAGGUGUUGUAUUUCCUCCAAAGAACGCUGCAAAUGUUCCCGAAGGACGCGAAAACAGCAUCAACGCAAGGAGUGCGGGGCCCAUGAGGAGAAUGACAAUUGUAGGAAAAGAGGAGCUGGAUAAGAUCGAGAUCUGGGGAUUGGACACGGACGAAUUUGAUCCGAAGUAUCCUUGA